AUGAGUACUCAACAACCGUCGUCAGCAAGUGCCAUAUCAAUGGGAGCAUUUUCGACGGCUAAAUCUUUGGUGAGUGGUCUGUUGCAAGGUGUUCAAAAGACAGCAGGUGCUGAUCAGUCGAUGAUUUCGCCGAAUUCGGAUACUAGCGGCACGCGGAUCACGCUAGCUUCACCUACGCCAACCUCGACACCGACAACUGGUGUUUCGGGCGCCACUUCUCGUACUUCAGGUACUUCGGCUACAACUUCAGGUAUGUUCACCUCAACCGGAAGUGACAUGACGAGUUCAUUAGUUUCAAUGCAAUCCACCAAAACUGUCAAUUCAAGCAGCUCAUCGUCCAGUUCAAAUUUUGUUGAAUUUCCAUUCGUUUGUAAUGAAGGUCUGUAUGGUAUAGAAAAUAUAUGGUUAUGA